AUGUGUGGCAGUUGCUACAACAACGAGAACAUUCUUGACUUACCUGGACUGGAGUUCCUCAUUAGAGCUGAAGUUGAUGGCAGGGUCCUCUACCGGGCUACUAGUGAUGAUAUAUUUGAAAGAAAAUUCGGAGCUAAACUGGCGGCUCAGGUGAAAAGGAACAGACAAUCGGGUUUGCUCACCCAGCUGCCUACUACCUCAGUAUCAUCGACCUUCAUGAGGCUUACGGACGGUGGUGGCUCGGUUCACUAUCCUAGUGUUAUCGUCGGCGUCUUUGUAUUUGACAGGGGAGCUUGGCACUUUGUCCGAGUUGGGCAGACUUGCCAAGGUACUAACAUGAUAUCGAUGAAGGCCGACAUAGCCUCGAUACCGUCUAAGAUUAGCAAGGAGAAGAUAGACUCUCCAGGACUAUCUGUAAUCGCACUCCAUGGUUACUCGAUAUUUGAUGCUAAUGCGAAUGGUCUGGGGACGACCGGCAGCGCACAGGAUGCAGACGCUGUCUCGGGAGUCAAGGCCGACUCUAAUGGGCCUCCAGCUAAUAGAGUUUCUCAAGAUGAAUAUGAUGCCCUCGUUACCAAGUUCAGCGCGCUGGCGACUGCUCACAACAAGCUGCAAACUGAAUACUCUACAUUAGAGAUUGAGAUUACUCAUAGGGAUGCUAAGAUCGAACAGCUGACGAAAGAGUAUAGGGCAAUGGAGUCUCGGUAG